AUGGAUAUCGACUCCGAUAGGUUGGCGUCGCACGAUCGUGCAGUCGAUGUGGCCGACUGUCACACAGAUGCUCGCAGUCGCAUGGACGAAGACGACGCUCGCACAGCGCCGUUCGAGGCGUCGCUCGUGCCGUAUGCGACGGACGAGCGCCGCACGCCGCAUGGCCGCUGCCGUCGAGCUCCCUUCCACGGCCCUCUCGCUCGCGCGCUGGGUCUCAACGACUGGUUCUCCAGCGAGGUAUGGCGCGCGGCCGUUAUCGAGCUCGUGGGCACGGCGUCGAUCGUCUGCCUCUCCGUCAUUGCCACCACCUCUUGCCUCAACUCCUCCUUCACCUCCCCUCCUCUCGCCAUCGGCCUCGUCAACGGGCUCCUUUUAACUCUUCACAUCCUCGCCACGGCUCCCGCUUCAGGCGGCCACGUCAAUCCCUCCAUCACGAUCGCGACGUUCUUCGCUGGUCUCACAUCCCUCCCCCGCGCUGCGCUUUACAUUACGGCGCAGUUUGUUGGUAGCGUGCUCGGCGCGGCUUGUGCUCGCGGAAUGCUGCCUCCUGUACUCCACAUCUUCUUACGGUCCCAUAUCAACCACCCUGCCUCCACCACUCUCUCCCCCAUCGGGAAUAUCCAUGCCACAGGGCUUACUUACUGA